GCCCCUCCCCUCCAGCAGCGGCGGCGCAACAGGGAGUUCACCCGCUGUCGCUCCCGCAACACGCGCACACAUACUUAAACUGUGCGCUAAGGGUUCAAGAGCGCCAGAGCGCGUCUCGCUGCGCCGAAAGCAGCGUUGACGUGUCGUGUCUCCACUUUGUCCCGUGCCCAAGUGCCGGAGUCGCCGUGGGGUGAUUUCCACUCGCUGGUCGGACAGGUAGGAAGACACGCUCCCGUCCACGUCCGCGCAGAAAGGUUCAACCGCAGAUCCAGUAUCGCUUCCCGCCUCCCACCACUCUCCCACCCUCGCACUCACCCGUGGUGUGACAACAAACCUGCGCUGGCACUGUUUCCGCUGCGGUGACUGAGCCGUACGGCCCACAAUGGAGGAUUAAUCAGCAACAUUGAACAAGGACAGAGUGAAACCAGAACAGGACCAGUCCGCUCACCAUGAAGACGGAGGGCUCUAAUGAUCAGAGUCCGGAUGAAGCCGGCGCCCUGCUCUUCACGUCCCGCCAUAGUCGUGACGCCAUCAGGAAGACGGUCAGGCUGUCGUCCCCUCCUGGACUCACUUUGGUGGGAUUCCUGUUGCUUGCCACGCUGCCUUUUGGAGCCAGCAUCAAGCAGAGUCUCCCCAGGGUCAAGCUCAGCCACAGAGAACUGCUUCAGGCCGGCAGCGUCUCUCUGUUCUCGGGGACCUCCCGUGGCCUCCACUCCCACUCGCUGCUGCUGGAUGAGGAGAGGGGCCGUCUUCUGCUGGGGGCCAGGGAUCACGUCUACCUGCUCGAUCCCGACGACGUGGCCAGAGCUCCUAGGAAGAUUCACUGGGCCGCCUCCCAGGACAGAGUUGAAAUGUGCAAACUGGCGGGCAAAAAUGCAAAUUUGGAGUGCGCUAACUUCGUCCGGCUCCUGCACACCUACAACCGGACGCACGUCUACGCCUGCGGGACGGGAGCCUUCCAUCCCAGCUGCGCCUUCAUUGAAGUCGGCGGGCGGCGCGAGGACGGCGCCUUCCAGCUCCUCCCCGGCACAGUGGAGUCUGGCAGGUUGAAAUGCCCUUUUGAUCCGCUGCAGCCGUUCACGUCCGUCCUCGCAGAUCAGUAUCUCUACGCGGGAACGUCUUCGGACUUCCUGGGAAAAGACACGACGUUCACGCGCUCCCUCGGCCCUCCGCCCGACCAGCACUACAUACGCACGGACGUUUCUGAGGACUACUGGAUCAACGAGGCCAGGUUUAUAUCUGCUCAUCCCAUCGCAGACACCUACAACCCGGACGACGACAAGAUAUACUUUUUCUUCCGCGAAGUGUCUUGGGAAGGCAACGACAAGAGCAUCCUGUCCCGAGUGGCGCGCGUGUGCAAGAAUGACGUGGGUGGGCUGAGAAGCCUGACCAAUAAAUGGACCACCUUCCUCAAAGCCCGGCUUGUGUGUUCUAUCCCCGGCCCAGAUGGAGUGGACACGCACUUUGAUGAGCUCCAGGACAUCUUUCUUCUUCCCACCAGAGACGGCAAAAACCCCGUGGUUUAUGCUGUGUUCACUACCUCCAGCUCCAUUUUCCGUGGAUCAGCAGUAUGUGUGUACAGCAUGGCCGACAUAAGGGCUGCGUUUAACGGACCCUAUGCCCACAAGGAGGGGCCCGACCACAGAUGGGUGGAAUAUGAGGGGAGGAUACCGUAUCCACGGCCUGGAACGUGUCCCAGCAAGACCUACGAUCCCCGAUUUAAGACCACCAAAGACUUCCCAGACGAGGUUGUCAGUUUCAUUCGAUUCCACCCCCUCAUGCAUCGCGCCGUCCGCCCGCUGACCGGCCGGCCAGUGUUCACGCGCGUCAGAGUGGACUACACCCUCACCCAGAUUGUGGUGGACAGAGUUUUAGCAGAGGAUGGACAGUAUGAGGUCAUGUUCCUGGGAACAGAUGCUGGUUCCGUUCUCAAAGUGGUGAGCAUCACGCAGGAGAACUGGUCAACAGAGGAGGUCGUGCUUGAAGAACUUCAAGUUUUCCAGGUUCCCGCUCCCAUUGUCAGCCUGGAGAUCUCUUCUAAACAGCAGCAGCUCUACGUGGGCUCGAGUGAAGGCCUGGCCCAGGUUCCCCUCAGCAGAUGUCACCUGUACGGACAAGCCUGCGCUGAAUGCUGCCUGGCACGGGACCCCUACUGCGCCUGGGAUGGACACACGUGCUCGCGAUACGUCCCCGCGUCCAAGAGGCGAGCCAGGAGACAGGAUAUUAAACACGGAGACCCUGCUAGUCAGUGCUGGGACACAGGAGACGGUCUUGGCGGGGGACAGGUGGAGGAGAGGGUCCUCUUCGGGGUGCAGAACAACUCAACAUUCCUAGAGUGUAUCCCCAAAUCCCAGCAGGCCCAGAUCCAGUGGUACAUACAGAGAACUGGACCCGAACGCAGGGAGGAGGUCAGGCUGGACGAUCGCAUCGUCCACACCGGCCGAGGCCUCCUGAUCCGCUCCCUCCACGCGUCCGACGCCGGCGUGUACGUGUGCGUGGCUAACGAGCACACGCACUUCACCCGCGCCCUGCUCCGCGUUACCCUUCAGCUCGUCACACACGGCCAGUUAGAGGCCAAAGCCAAGCUCGCCGAGGACCCGGCGCCAGACCUCCGGCACAGCGCCGAGUCCCGGCAGCGCUACAAAGACUACCUGAGGGUGAUGAGCUCGCCGUUCGCUUCCCUGGAGGAGUACUGUGACUCGCUGUGGCUGGAGAAAAAGCCGACGAAGGCGCGAGGGCGGGUGGGGAAGUGGAAACACAUUCAGGAGUUGAAGAAGAGCAGGAACAGGAGACACCCCAGAGAUAACGUGGAGGAGAGCGACAGGAGACGGGUGGGGAGGACGGCAGAGCAGUGAGGAAACAAACACAAGACUGUGCAAUUGCAAUGACAGAUCAUGAGCGAGACGUAGCAUAAAAGCAAGUAGUGGUUGUUUCAGCGAGAAGUGUCACCAACAGUAUAUUAAAAAGGAAUGGAAUCCAAAAUUAAAAAUGUUUGGUCAUAAGUGAAAAAAGCUUCAUUAUGGACAAUGCAGGUGAACUGUAGAUCAGCUGAGCAGGAGGAUGGUUUCCAAUUUAUAGCCUUUAAACACACGCACAAGCCUUUAUGCAAAUCAACUGGCCAUUUAGGGAAAUGCACAGGAACUGACGCGAUUCAGACUUUCAAAAUCGAGGACCAGGACAAUUCAUGUACAGUGACUGUAAAUAUAACGUGUACAGGAGAUAUUCAGCAGUUUGCUUUCAUUCAAAUCUGUGUAACAGUAAGUAUAGUCAUGUAUUAUUAAGUGUGGGGUGGAAAAACAACAUAUUUUUGUACAGGAGUUUCAUAUAUUUAGUAGGUUAAAACCAAGGUUUGCUUUUUUUUCAUGUAUUUAAAUAAAGUUGAGCUGAAUGCUG